GCUCACUCCUAUGAAGGCGAGGGUGUCUUCUAAUUGUAACAGUACUCACAGGCAGGGGCGGACUGACAACUCAUGGGGCUCCCGUGCAAUAGGGGAUCAUGGGGCGCCUGUGUCCUUGCCCAAACUCAAAAAAGCCUAUGAAAAAGGUACCAGGGGCAUCUCAUGGGGCCCCCUACUGAUCCUGGGCCCUCGAGCAGUGCCCGAGUUUCCAAAUGGUCAGUCUGCCCCUGCUCACAGG